CCGAGUGAAAAUAGGCGACGAUCCAGAGAAGCCUUUUACCAUAUAUAAGAAAAGAAUAUGUCAAAAAGCUAUCCCAAGAGAUUUUGCUUGUUAGGGUAUCCAUUGGUGCUUCUUCUAAUUCUUAUCUUCCUAGUCUUUUGUUUUUCCUCUAGUAAUGAAUCUUCUCAUCCUAAACUGUUCUUCUCUUCACUUACUCUAUCCUCUCUUCUUGAUCACACUAAUGCAUUACAAUCCUCACCUUUGUCUUCAAUACACUCUCCUCCGAUUUCCAUAAAGAGAAGGAGAAAUCUUGAGAGAAGAGAAGAAGAGUUGAGGAAAGCAAGGGCUGCAAUUAGAAGAGCCGUUGCUUCUAAGAAUUACACAUCCAACGAAGAAGUUACUUAUAUCCCCGCAGGCCAGAUCUACAGAAACUCCUUUGCCUUUCAUCAGAGUCACAUAGAAAUGAUGAAAAGAUUUAAGGUGUGGUCGUACAAAGAAGGAGAUCAGCCACUGGUUCACGAUGGACCAGUAAACGAUAUCUACGGAAUUGAGGGACAGUUCAUCGACGAGUUCGAAAAUAUGAUGGGCGCACCAAGCGGUCGGUUUAGGACUGCCCGGCCAGAGGAAGAUCAUGCCUUCUUCUUGCCUUUCUCCGUUGCCAACAUCGUCCACUACGUCUACAAGCCUAUUGCCUCGCCUUCCGAUUUCAACCGAGCCCGCCUCCACCGGAUCUUUAACGACUAUGUAGAUGUCGUGGCUCGCAAGCACCCUUUUUGGAACCAAAGCAAUGGCGCUGACCAUUUCAUGGUCUCUUGCCACGAUUGGGCUCCCGAUGUGUCGGAUAGUAAACCAGAGUUUUUCAAGGACUUCAUCAGAGGACUAUGCAACGCCAACACAACGGAAGGUUUCAGACCAAGCAUUGAUUUCUCUAUACCGGAGAUUAACAUUCCUAAAGGGAAGCUAAAGCCACCGUACAUGGGCCAAAACCCUGAGAACAGGACGAUCUUAGCUUUCUUCGCAGGACGAGCUCACGGAUACAUUAGGGAAGUAUUGUUCACUCACUGGAAAGGUAAGGAUGAAGACGUUCAAGUGUAUGACGGCCUCACAAAAGGACAAAACUAUCAUGAAUUGAUUGGUCAUAGCAAGUUUUGUCUUUGUCCUAGUGGCUACGAGGUUGCUAGCCCUAGAGAGGUCGAAGCCAUUUAUUCAGGGUGCGUCCCAGUCGUUAUAUCUGACAACUACUCGCUUCCCUUCAGUGACGUGCUUGAUUGGAGCAAGUUCUCGGUAGAUAUUCCGGUCAAUAAAAUCCCUGACAUUAAGAAGAUUUUGCAAGAGAUUCCACAUGAUAAGUAUAUAAGGAUGUAUCAAAAUGUUAUGAAAGUUAGGAAGCAUUUUGUGGUGAAUCGCCCGGCUCAACCGUUUGAUGUGAUCCACAUGAUACUUCACUCCGUCUGGUUAAGGAGGCUUAACAUUAAAUUGUCUUCUUGAUACUACAUUUAAUGCUUUAAGCUACAAGAAAAAAUAGUCGUCACAUUACGCAAUACCUUCUGUUCUUAGGUUUCUUUAACGAGUUGUUUUAAAAACUCUACUUGUACCAAAGCGGUUGUCUGGAGUUAAUUACUCGUAUACGUUGUAAAAAUUGUUAGAAU